GAAUGCUUGCUUAUUCUGAUGCUGUGAUGGCAACAUGCGCAACAUUUCUUGUUUUACCAAUAAGAAACUUAAAAGCCCUCAUGAAAAAAACUGAAACUAAUAGUGUAGCUGUUUCAAAUACUACUUUAAUGCAUGAUGCCACAACAUCACAAAUGUAUGCAAAUGAAACAAUUAAAAUAAACCAAACUUUAUCUGAAUUUAUUGAAUCGUAUUCUAACGAGUUUGUAAUGUUUUUUAUUGGUUUCCUGAUUGUUCUUACAAUUUGGGAAAACAUGAACCUUCGAUCAAUUGUGAUAAAACGUGUGGAUGAUUUUAUAUUAACAUUGGUAAUUUUUGAAAUGUUAGCAACUACCGUCCUUCCGUUUACAUUGGCUUUGCAGGGCCAUUAUCCUUAUGAAAAAGUAUCAGUUCUAUCGACGUGUGUAGUAUUGGGGAUUCUCCAAAUAAUAGAUAUUGGAAUUGUUUUAUAUGCCACACUUUCACCAAAACUUUUACAUGUUGAUUUAAAAAACUGGUCAAAGGAUGAUCUUCGUGAACUGAGUUUGAUAAUGAUUUUUCGACCGUUAAUUAGUUUAAUUCUACUAAUAAUUGCUGGCCUGUUUUGUUUGGUUCAUUUUGCUGUGUCAUGGUCUUUUAUUGCAUUAUUAAUUGUCAUGCCUACAGUUCGAAAGGUUUACUGGUUUGUUCGUCGAAGAAUGAAGAGUUUUAAUGAAGGGAAAAAGGGUUCAUUUCUAGAGCAUUUUUCAAAAGGAAAUAUUUCAAAAGAACGUAUUGAAAUUAUGAGCGAUGCAGCUGUUGCAAUUGUAGCAUGUAUUCUUAUACUCGACAUUACUGUUGAAGAGUUUCCCGAACCAGAUAAACUCAAUGGCCACAGUCUCACUUACGCACUGAAUCAUAUGAAGUCUGAAUUUCUUACCUUUCUUGCAACUUUUUGCUUGGUAUCUGCUUUGUGGUACGUUAACCAUGCAGUAAUACAUUUAAUUAAAACUGUUAACUCUAUUAUGUUGUAUUUUCAGAAGAUAUUUCUUUCAUUUUGUUGCCUGUGUCCUCUUGCUGGAAACAUGGUUUUAAGUUUCGCUACAAAAGGAAAUAAUGAAUCAAAAGUUGCUAUUCGUUUUUCUGCAAUGAUUGUGUUUAUUUCGAGCAGCGCAAAUUUAAUCAUUAUUUUGUAUGGUUUACUUACUGGAUCAAAGUAUUUACAUGAAUGGGCGUCAUUUGAGCAUUUUCAAAAAAACAAACGUCAACAUAUUUACACUUUGACUAAGGCAUUAAUUUUACCAUUUUGGUCAUUGAUAUGUACCUUAGGGAGUCUGGGGUCUCCAUUUGCAGCACCUUACGUACUGUACGUAACAUUCUUAGCUGCACCUUGUUCAUUUUUUGUUUCAAAACUUAUUCUUAUGAAUCAUGUUGGUAAAGCAACCACAUAUUUAAGAAAAACCAUUUUACGUCGAACGUCGCGUUCUAAGAAACACGAAUUUCCAUCAACUGAUCGGGGUUCCUUUGCUGCAACAAACAAGAUCCAAAACUCGUUAGAAACAAGAUAUCCGGAUAGUUAUGUAAUAAGAAACGAAAAUAUAAAUGAACAAUGAAACAGUGCUAUGCCCAACUAUUUAAUUGAGUUUACAGCUAUUUUUUACAGUUAAAUAAUUUAUAAAAAACUAACAGAAAAUUUAUUUUGUUGUAGUCAUGGAAAAUAUUAAAAAGCAAUGUUAUGUUGGUUAUUAUGCCUAUGUAGACAAUUUUAAGUUUCUCA